CGCAGAUGCGCCAGUCACGUGACUUCCUGCGGUGAGUGGCUGCUGCAGUUACUCGGUGCGCGGUGUGGAAAUCCCGAAACACAGCGGCAUGAAGCUGCACGCCGACACCGCUCGCGAGUCAGCGCGCCACCCGUAAACGGUAGCCCGUGUCCGUGGAGCAGCGGAUUAGCAGCCGUGUGAACGGGGCAGGAUUUAGACCCAGCGCUUCCAGAGAGAAAGAGAAAGAGAGAGAGAGACAAGUUUUCGCACUGUGUCGGGCUGAGGUGAACGGGACACCAGCAGCGAGCAUGGCGGAGAGAAGUGGCCGGUUAAGCUUCCCCGGGAGCGGGGCGCUCAACAGACCGGUGCCAAUGAACCUGUUCGCCACUUGGGAGAUUGACGGCUCCUCUCCGAACUGCAUCCCCAGGUUGUGUAGUCUGACUUUGAAGAAGCUGUUUGUAAUGAAGGCGCUUGACAAGGAGCUGAUCUCUGUUGUUAUUGCAGUCAAGAUUCAGGGCUCGAAGCGGAUCCUGCGCUCUCAUGAGAUAGUGCUGCCCCCUGCUGGAGGGGUGGAGACGGACCUUGCACUCACAUUCUCUCUGCAGUAUCCUCAUUUUCUAAAGCGUGAGGGAAAUAAGUUGCAAAUCCUGCUUCAGAGGAGGAAGAGGUACAAAAACAGGACCAUUUUGGGUUACAAGACGUUGGCUGCUGGUUCUAUAGACAUGGCAGAGGUGAUGCAGCAUCCUGCUGAAGGAGGGCAGGUCUUGGCUCUGUGCAGUAAUCAGAAGGAGUUUCUGGGGAAAGUUGCAGAGAUCUGGAUCUAUUCCCUGUCCAGUCAGCCUAUAGAUCAUGAGGAGGCGGCCAUUCUGGGACAGAAAAUCAAAUGCUCAGAUAAUUACUCGGAAGAAGAGUAUGAAAGCUUCUCUUCAGAGCAGGAGGCCAGCGAUGAUGCAGCUCAAGGACAGGAUCUGGAAGAUGAUGAGUACGAGAUAAGGAAGCCUAAAAAGCAGAGGAGGUCAAUAGUCCGGACGGCGUCCAUCACCAGGCAGCAGAACUUUAAACAGCGGGUUGUGGCUUUGCUCAAACGCUUCAGAGUCUCAGAUGAGGUGUUGGACUCAGAGCAGGACCCGGCUGAACCGCCUCCAGAGGUGGAGGAAGAUCUGGAUCUGGAGAGUCUGGAUUUCGAGAAUCCCAGUGACAGCGGACCAGAUCUGGAUGACGACGAAAGUGUUCACAGUACCCCAAAACCCAAACUCAAGCCGUAUUUUGAAGGGGUUUCUCUGUCUAGCUCUCAGACAGAGAUUGGCAGCAUUCACAGCGUUAGGAGUCACAGAGAGCCGCCCAGUCCAAUGGAUCCUGAUAAAGUAAGGGCUGCAGGUGGAAAGUUUCAGAUGGAUAAUGAAUCUGAUCGUGUUUCUAUGGGUCAUCCUGAGGUUGUGACUCCUACCACAGAACUUGAGAUGAUGGACAGUAUGGACUUUUUCAUGGAGAGACUCCCUCCCAUUGGCCGAAUGACCAAAACUGAAUCACUCAUCAUUCCAUCCAACCGGGUGGAGCCGAAGUUGGCGGGGCGACGGGGGCGGAGCACAUCACUUAAAGAGCGGCAGCCCAGUCGACCACCCAACGAGAGGGCCAACAGUCUGGACAACGAGCGCUCAUUGGACACUCGCUGCCAUCUACAGAUUCCACGCAAAACCGUUUAUGACCAGCUGAACCACAUCCUGGUGUCAGACAGUCAUCUGCCUGACAGCAUCAUCCUCAUCAAUACCUCUGACUGGCAGGGCCAGUAUGUGUCUGAGGUGUUACAGAAUCACGGUCUUCCAGUAGUGUGUACCUGCACCACGGCUGACAUCCAAGCUGCCUUCAGCACCAUCAUCUCUCGCAUUCAGAGAUUUUGUAACAGUAACUCAGUGACUCCUUCUCCUGUGCGUGUCGGAGUGGCAGGAGCUCAGCAUUUCCUCUCUGUGGUCUUGCGUUUGUUUGUGGAUCAUUUGACACACAAAACACCCGACUGGCUCGGAUAUCUGCGCUUCCUUAUCAUCCCUCUCGGGGUUCAUCCAGUGGCUAAAUAUCUGGCCAGUAUAGACUACAGAUAUAACAGUCUGUUCCUAGACUCUGCGUGGAGAGAUCUUUUCCACAAACCAGAGGCACCAACCUCAGCAGUUCAGGACAGUCCAGAUGUGGUGUCCAGGAUCACGCAGUAUAUGCUGGGGGCAAACGGAGCCCAUCAGCUACCCAUAGCGGAGGCCAUGCUCACCUAUAAGCAGAAGAGGAAAAAGAGCUUUCAUUUUGAUUUUGCAGUAAGUCCUGAUGAAGACUCCUGUCAGAAGUUCAUCCCUUUUAUUGGGAUGGUGAAAGUGGGGAUUGUUGAACAAACAUCUGUCGCAUCUGGUGACUCGGAUGACGCUGCUCCUGUAGGAUCUGCUCUUAUGUCCUCUACUCCUCCUGCACAGAUCUCCCCAUUAUUGAAAGAAGCAUCUCCAACACCACCCUCGUCUCCGUCUGUACACAUGUCCAGUUCUCCUGGGGGAGGACAGGGGGAGCUGAUGGGUCUUCAGGUCGAUUACUGGAUUGCGCCGUCAGAACGGAAGAAAGAAGUGGAGAAGAGAGAUUCGUCUGGCAAAAACACACUCAGGUGCACCUUCCGCUCACUGCAGGUUAGCCGCCUCCCACAGGGCGGAGCUGACACCACGCAUCAGCCAAUCAUGUCCAUGACUGUUGUCACCAAAGAGAAAAAUAAGAAAGUGAUGUUUCUGCCUAAGAAGACCAAGGAUAAGGAGGCAGAGUCUAAGAGUCAGGUGAUAGAAGGCAUCAGCCGGCUCAUCUGCACAGCCAAACACCAGCAGACCAUGCUGAAAGUGUUGAUAGAUGGAGUCGAGUGGAACGAUGUGAAGUUUUUCCAGCUCGCGGCUCAGUGGUCAUCUCAUGUCAAACACUUCCCUCUGGCCAUCUUUGGUCCCUCAAAAGGGCCCUACUGAAGCACUCCUGAACGCUGCGGCUGCCUUUAAACUCAGAGCUGCCUGAUGUCUUUAUUUAAAAUACCCGCUUUCUCACGGUUUGUGUCCAUUUUUGAUUGUUCUUUUACGAAAGACUUGAUGCAUAAAAAGCAACAGGGCUUCUUUUUUAUUUUUUUGGACAGUGUACGUUGAGCUUUUAAAACCCUGCGGUGUUUAUUAAGUGAGACGACUAAUGAACUGAAUCUUUAACUCCGUAACUAGUGAGUUUUUUGCUAAUUCACAAGGAUGUUCCACACAUUUUAGCACAUGUGGGAGAGAAAACCAGCAAAAGAGAGAAGGAAGGGCUGAUGCUUUGUUUAAAGGACUCAAUCUGGAUCGGGUUUUCCUGAAGAAAGCAGAAGAAUGUUCUCCUGCUCACUGAAUAACCUCAGCAAGGUCUCGACGAAUCUCUCAAAGGGACAGUUCACUCAAAAAUACGUUUACUCAAGUAGUUCCAAACCUAUGAGUCUCUCGUUUUUCUAUUGAACACAAAAGAAGAUAGUUGUUAGAUUCUGGUAGUCAUUGUCUUCCAUUGUAGGAAAAAAAUCAAUGAUUACCAAUUUCUAACAUCCUUCAAAACAUCUUCUUUUGUGUUCUACAGCAGAAACAAACAUGGGAAAAUGUUUAGUGAGUAAAUGAUGACAAUUUUUGGUGAACUGUCUCUUCAAUGUGUGUGUUUUAGUUUCCACUUCAUUUUAUUUGGUUUAUUUUGUAUGUGUGUGUUUUAUGUGUGUGUAUAUGAAUGUAUUCACUGAAGGUACUGAACGCUAAAGCACUUUUAAAACGUGUCUAGUUUGUGUUUUUGUUGUAAUAUGCUUUCUGUGGUGCACAGCGCUGUUCACUCCAGCUAAAAACUGCAGCAGAGCUUUGAGAGACUGGACUGAACUGAGUGUCUGUGUCUCCAUCAGACCGUCACACCUGUGUGAUGCACUCGCUAAAAACUUUUUUAAAUCUUAACUAUUCUUAAAAUGUAAUGCACAUUUUCUGUUUUAUUUCUUGUUUCCCCAAAUGCUGUAUUGGAUAUUUAGAAAAAUGUGCCUAAAAUAUUUCAGAAUACGUCAGGUCAUAUUUCACCCUCAAAAUUGUAUAUCGUAAAAUAUGCAGUUUAAAAAAGAUGAAAGGUCUUGAUCCACUUCAAAAUUUGAGUACUAUAUAAUAAUAAUUAAAUAAUAAGAUAUUAUGAUAUAUGUAUAUAAUAUAUAAUAAUUAUUUAAUAAUGUUUAUGUUGGUGCACAUAUAAUUGUAAUGAUUCUUGCAUUGUGAUGAAAUUUUCAUAUU